UAAACUUUCAUAGACCCAUGUGUUUCGGAAAUGAAUCUGUUUCCAUAGCAACCCCGAGUGUUCAAAUGCAACUGCCUGGCUGUUUUUGGGGCAGAGGCUGAAUAACUCGUCCUCCGUGUUUUUAGCAGUAAACCAUGUGUGCAUUAGUUUCGCCAGAGUUCACGGAUCUUACAGCUGACAACUUUGAGAACUCCCUGGCAGCAGAUGACGUAUUGGCUCACUAUUUCAAUUAUUUCUUAACUUUGCCGUGCUUCGCAGAGACGGUUCUGUACCACCCGGAGACGGGUCGGUUCCAGGUGAUGGACCCUGCCCCGCAGUUUGUCUCCACAAGAGUCCCAUCAGUCCUUCGUUGCAGCAAGCCACGCCCACUGGCUGGGGCCACGACCCGCCCAGGAGACAACCGUUACACUAUCUACGUGAGCAUGUAUCUGGUUGUAAAGAUGAACAGAAAGUCCCGUAUGUAG